UGUGUUUGAGGACACCAGAGGAGCUUCGACGAGCAGUGAGUGAGGAGUGAUAUUUUCCGUCAUCUGAGCUAAAAUACCAUUCCUAGUGGAAAAAGGGAACUUUUUAGAUCUUUAAUUUUUAGGACUGACACCAAGCCAUAGCCUUGAACGAGGUUGGAUUUGGUGAUUAUCCGUUUCAACAACUGGAUUUCUGAAAUUCAGGGAGCGGAUUGUGUCAAAAAUGGAACAUUUUUACCCGCUAGUGUUCAUCCUGACAUUUAUUGCUGUUGCAUAUGGCGGGACAGUGACACCAGCGAUCGUCGAAGAUCAAAAGGGAAAUGUUGCUGACAGUUCAAGCAACAUCACCUGGGGGCCGUUGCCCCAGGGUAAGCCAUAUGCAUCAAACGACCCCGUUGAUUAUGGUGGACUGGCGCCGCUUUAUAAAAUGAUGAAGACGUUCCUAGAUGUCGUGCAGCCUAAUGAGUUCCCCUAUGAUAUGAUAGCAAAAGUGAUUGGCGGGGACAUGUCUGCCCUCAAUGACCCGAUGUCGCUGGUGAUGUACGGUAUCGGUUUCGGAAUCUGUUUUGCUAUUGGUAUACUCUUCGUCAUCAUCAUGCCGAUCGUCGGAUGCUGUUUCUGCUGCUGUCGUCUCUGCGGUAAUUGUGGCGGGAAGAAAAUACACAAGCCAGAAAAUAUCAGCAAUUGUCAUCGAAUUGCGUUUACAGUUCUUGGGUUUGUGAUGGCGACUUUCAUCAUGAUUCCUGCUGCCUGCUCAUUAGUGGCCAACAAUCAAACCACAAAGACUCUGAAUAAUGUGGGAACAGUGGCUGUGAACAAUAUCAACGAUUUGGAGACUUUCCUGGGCAAUGUGAUCUUGGAAGUCAAUCAUGCCUCUCUGACAAACUACAACUUCACUGCAAGCGUCCUCAAGCGAGACUUGGACAAUAUCGGCGUGAUUCUCGGCGAGAAACUUCGAGAUGAAAUGAUAAAGAAGUUUAAGAUUGAUGUCAUGUUCCAGAAGAUUAUUGCCCUCGAUACCUCAAUGCAAAAGCUGAAUGGCGCCUUCAAUUCGGCUGCUACCCAACAAACAGCAUUCAAAACUGCAUCGGAUGACUUGAAGGCAAAGUUAGAUACUGAGCGAGGCAAAGUCGUUGCCACACAGGGUGUAACGGGUUGUUCAGGCGUAGUAUCAUGCAAUACCUAUCCGACAGCUACAUUGGAUAUUGACUCGAACCCUGCUUUGAUACCAAACAUAGAUACCACAGAUAUAAACGCUGCUGCAUCAAAGAAUCUCACAGAUGAGUUUGAAAAAUCAACAAAGAGUUUCUAUGAUAUCCCAACAACGAUUCAGACUGAUACAGCUACAGUGAGAGCGGACGCAAUCCAAAAAAUUGAUUCCUUUUACUCGACCAUCAACAAUGCGAUGAAGCAGGUCAGCGGACUCACAAACAACUUGGGUGUGCUGACUGACGCAAAGAAAAUGAUUACGGAAUACACUGGUCAGAUUGGGCCAUAUGACAAGUACCGAUGGUAUGGUGGCAUAGGCCUUGGUUGCCUUCUCAUCAUGAUUGCGGGGUUCCAGUACAUCGGAUGCAUAAUUGGGGCUGUCACGUACAGACCAAAGGUGGAUCCAACUGAGAGAAGCUGCUGUAAUCAGACUGGUGCAAACUUUCUUAUGGCAUCUGUUGGAUUCGCUUUCAUCUUCUCCUGGCUGCUAAUGCUGCUCACCAGUCUGACCUUCAUCGUAGGAGGAAACCUACAGAAGCUGAUGUGCGAGCCCCUCCUUGAUCCAAAUUUUAAAAUUUUUAAGACACUGAUUGAUAAACCAAACGGCAUACUUGGUGACGGAUAUUUCCUCUCUGGCAUGAUCCUUGGAGACAAUAAAAUCAAUUUGACAAUUUCUGGAGUUUUAAGUGAUUGCAAGAACCAUAAAUCGGCUUGGAAAGCUCUGAAGCUAAAUAACUUGAUUGACCUCAGUUCGGCCACUGAUUACAAAAGUCAAUUUAAUAUCGAAGAUGAUCUUAAAAAUAACAACAAUAUUGAUCUGUCGGGCGUAACAACAGUGACAGGUGAUCUCAUGACAACCUUGGACAAAUUAAAACAAUCUCUGAAUGCUGACUUCACUUUGAUGAUUGCAGAGCUUUCCAAGGAUUCGGUCAAGACACCCCUCACUCCUUAUGCUGAUGGCUUGAUUAGUGAGGCGGGGAAAGCAGGAGUAACAGGAACUACUGCUGAGGGAGAACUGAGAGCAGAAGCAGCAACUAUUAAAGCCCUUGAUGGAACAGAGGUCCAAACUACAGACACAGCAAGAGUAGCCUUCAAUGCUUCUCUCACCACAAUUCAAACAGAUAAGUUGCAGGUUCAGCUUGAUAUCGAUGCUGUUAACACUUCACUGAUUGAUCUACAAUCCUACCUACAGAACAAUGCAAGUACGCUUGUCACCACGGAAGUCGUUGUUUACGCACAGAGGUUACUUGGCAUCCUGGAAUCGUUUGUGAACGAGACAUUGUCGGCGGUGGAGAACAAAGUUGGUAUUUGUACUCCUCUCUGGAAUUUUUAUGACUCGAUCGUCGGCACUUUAGUGUGCGGGUCGAUUGUCGAUACGGUGAACGGCCUCUGGUUUUGUCUUGGGUGGGCGACCAUUUUUUUCAUCCCCAGCAUUAUUAUCUCUGUGAAGCUGUACAAGUACCUGAGGGUAUGCAGACCAAUCGACCCAGAUCUUGAUAAAAAGGGGAAGAAAGGAAAGAAGAAGAAAGGCAUGGCUAAGUACAUACGUGGUGAUAGUCCUGUUUCGCCAUCACUCAAUAGAAACCGGGUUGCACCGCAGGAAAGAUACUGAUAAUUGCAAACACUCCGCUGACGCACUUCGACGGACCAUCUGAACUUAAUCACCAUGAUGACAGAACAAAUCCUGAAGAUGUGUCGUAUCGCGAUGAUGAUCUGUCCACUUUAGUCCAUCCACUUUAGAAGUUUUCCAAGGAAUAGGGAUUUUCCUUGGAAUAGCAUACUGUAAAAUGUUAGAUUUUCCUUUACAUCUGUAAAUUCAGUACCGGUUAUCUUUGUCCAUAUUUGCGUCAGUACAACAAUCUUGUUAUAGUGCAAUAAACUGCUGAUGUAAUCAGUAUUUACUAGCUCUGUCAGUUGUUAAAUGAAAAGGAUAGAAUACUCCAUCAUUUUAUGAUGUACUUUGUAAUGAUCACAUGUAUUAUCGCUACUUUCUGCUAGAAAGCCUUAUGUGAUAUUGUUAAAUGCUUCAAAUUUUUAAGGCCAAACUCAUAUAAUAAUAGGGCUUCUCAGCUUGUAACUGUAAAGUGUCUUUCUGCUUGAAACUGUGAUCUGGUAAAUGUUUCAAAUUUCUAAGGCCAAACUCGUAUUUAAUCUAAGACUUAGCGACUCAAGAAUCUUCACUUGGAAGAGUUGAAAACAUGGUAAGCACCAAAUCCUAGAUUUGAGUAAACCAUACCAUUGCUUUGCCCUCGACUUAUGCAUCCUACAAAUUUCUUAACAUUCAGGUCAUCAGUAACAAUUUUAUGAUAAAAAACAACCAUAAAUUUACUGAUGCCUUUUCAAAAUGAUUCCCAACAAAUGGAUAGAAUUUUGUAACUGUGUUUAGACCAUAGUAAUGUUGCCCCCCCCCCGGGUCUCAAAAUAUGUAGACUAGUAUGUACAUGUAGUUUUGUAAUGAAACUCUUCACUUUCACAUAUCUUUCUCUCAAUUAGUAAUGUUUUCUGCUCACAUGAUUUAAGGUAGGAUCACUUGGAAUAUGUUUACUCGAGAUUUGCUAACCUGGUGAUCAAGUCAUUAAAGUAUUCGACAGCCAAACCAACCUAUGUAAUGUAUUUUUUGCUAUUUUCUCAUAACAAGGAAACUUCAGAUAAGUCAUUUUGGCUCUGGCCCCUUCAACUAUAAUGGACCUGUUUGGGGUUUAUGGACUGUAGAGAUCUGAUGUAAACCUGGUUCAGUCUGUAGACGAUGCCCAUGAUGAUACUGACAAAUGUCCGUUGUUUGUAACAGUGGUGUCCGAAUCUCGUGUGGGUACUAAAAGGACUAUUAUUUCAUUUGCAUAAAUUUGAUGCCAUCUUUUGAAACUGCUCCGAUGUGUUCAGAAAUUUGAACGCACAUAUUUUUCUAUAGAUACGAGUCUAUACAUAAUUAUGUACUAUACAAAUAUUUAAAAUGAUUAUCAUUUCCCUUGCAUAAAAUUGUUGCCCAAUCUUGAAACCGGUUGCAGAUGUGUUCAGAAUUAUUUUCUACACCCAGUAUGUGAUGUACACGUUUUUUGUUGCUAAACGACUAAAAAUAAUCAUGCUUUUGAUCAAAAGUCA